CUUAAACAGCAGGAGAGAGGCGCAACCAUUUAUCACUACAAACAAGGGGUGGAUAUUACCAUAGAAACUCAUAUAAAUAGCCAUCCUUAUUCCCAACCUCGGUAUUCUUUUCUUUUCUUAUUCUAUUAUAAUAUCAUUUCUCUUUUAUAACAAUGAAGUUCUCCGUCAUUUCUGCUCUUAUUCUCGGUAUUACUGCUUCUGUCUUUGCUAGCGAUACGUUUGACCUUCCUGCCGAAGGAUCCUCUUUUACUACUUCGGAUACCAUUCGCUUUGUUACCGAUGAUGUGACAGAUGACAGUGAGAAUAAAAUCCAAGCUGUCUUGUUCAAGUAUACCGAUUCUGCCGAUUUUGAACCCAAAAAGACCAUUGGUUUGUGGAGCGCUGCAUUAAAUACAGGUGACGAAUUUGUAUUCGACUGGAGAGUCGAUAUGGAUGCUGGUUACUAUAGCGUCUGUGUCUUUGAGAUUGAUGAUGACGAUUAUGAUGACGAAGAUUUUGAUUAUGAAAAUGGGGAUUCUUGUAGUUAUCCUUUUGCUAUCACGGGUGGUUCUCCUCUUGCCAACUCGAACAGAAAGAAGAGAUCCAUUUAUGCUGCUUAAACUACACCUUCAAACAUCAAACACAAUUCACCACCCUUUUUUUUUUAUAGAGCGUUUCUUUCCUAUUUUUUUCUUCUUAUGUAACGCUCACAGUAUUAAUCCCCUUAGCCUCAAAUUUCAAAGUAUAUUUUUUUUUUUUUUGUUUAAUAAACAAUUUUAACCAUCACCUCUUCAUUUU